AGCUGCAUCUGAUAACAGGCUGAACGGAGGCACAGGUACAUCAAAGAUGAAGUGGUUUGUACUAGCUGCCUUUACUGUGUGCAUCUUUGUGCCCACUGAUUCCUGUGAACCGGGACCACGUGGCUGGUGUUAUCACCAGAAUAUAUGCAAUGUAGAUGAGCCCAACUGGCCAAAAAGUUACCCCAACUGCAACGGAACUCGACAGUCACCCAUUAACAUCGUCUCAGAAUCUGCCAAACCGAACGACAACCUGACUGAAAUUCAUUUUGAAAAUUAUGAUAACACCUCCAAGAUGAUAUCCAUAGAAAAUACUGGGGAAACAGUCAGAGUUAACCUUACGAAAGGAGUUAAUAUUACAAUAGGGAACCUGUCCGAUGUAUACGAAACCCUACAAUUCCACUUCCACUGGGGCAACGGCUCCUCUGUCCCCGGCUCAGAGCACACAGUGGAUGGAAAGCGCUAUCCUAUGGAGCUGCAUAUUGUGAACACCAAGGAAAUGUACAAUCGGUGUAUAGCUGAUGCCAGUAAAGAUCCCACCGGAAUUGCAGCACUUGGUUUCUUCAUUGAGGUAAUGUCAGACAACUCAACUGGUCAGCCGGAAAGCUGGCGCAAUUUGACCUCUUACUUGGCCAACAUCACAGAAAAAGGCAACAACGUUUCGUUUAGUUCGAUUGCAGCCGGGUUUUCCCUGAAAGACCUGCUUGGCAAUGUGUCUCUCUCUAAGUAUUACCGCUACCUUGGAUCUUUGACGACCCCCAAUUGUAAUGAGGCGGUGGUCUGGACCGUUUUUAAGGAACCGAUUAAAGUCAGCAAAGAUCUGAUUGACCUCUUCAGCACCACAGUUCGUGUCGAAAACAACACAUCACAACUCAUUACAAAUGUCUACAGACGCGUACAAAAUCAAACAGAUAGAAUAGUCUGGACUCAGAGGAGCAACGGUUCUGCCUCCACAACCUGCUUCUCCCUGGGUCUGCUGCUCCUCAGUCUUGCACUGGGCUCGAGUUGGAGCUAAAAACAGAAAGAAGACGUCAUCAGCAACUUUUCUGAUCAACCCGUUGCCUCACUUCAGCACAUGCAUUCUUUCCCCAUUUAAUUAAAACUGAGCUUCGCUGAUUUCUAAUGUAGCUCUUUAUGUUUGACAUGAAAAGUGUGAAAAAUAAUUUAUUAAGGUGAAGGCUACCUCUGCUCCCAUGUUAUCUCUGCUAUCUCUUGAUUAUGACAACCUGUGAGAAAGAACUUAGCUGUUGUCACACGUCAGUCUAGUUUACUUUAAGCAAUGACAUGCACAAGUUUUCAUUUUGUGAGGCCAGCACGGUCUGAACAAUUGCGGCAUUUUCCACAUCUCUGUUGAGCUGCCAGAGCAAUGUGUGGGUGACAAACGGAUGCACCUACACUAUUUACAGUGUAGUUCUGGCAGUUAUGAAAUCCAGCGUUAUAAGAAUGUGCCACUUUCUGGGUAAAUGUUAAGGUACGCUUUGAUGUUGGCGUGUGGACCUAGUUUAGUUUACCAAGAGGUGACUGAAGGAUGUAGUUACUAUUUAAAUUUUUCUAACCUUUCUUGCCUCCAUCAGUGCAGCUACUGCUGCAUUUGAAGUGCACUCGUAGUGUUGUGGAUUUUAUUAUGACAUAUAUACCUGUAUACACUAGACAAGGAAUCAUAGUUACUUUCAUAAAUUGUGUGUAAUCAUAUAUACUCAUAUAUACUAUGCAUACUCAUAAUGAAGUGUUUAUAUAGUGGAGUCACUGUGUUAAACAUUUAACCCGUAUGUUCAAAUCACAUGACCCAUAUAUAUAGGUCAUAUAUAUCUCCCAGUAUAUUAAUGAAAAAUUUGUGCCACUUGUUGUAUGAACACAUGUUGAUUAAUACUGCUUAAAAAUGUAACAAUGAGGGUCAGUAGGAAACCUUUGAUAUCUUUAUGGCCUACUGUGACUAGUCCAACAAAGGGUUAAUUCAACUUGGCACUGCUAAAGUAUGUGCAUAAGACCCUUCUUGGCAUGCAGCUGCAUUUAACUGUGCAGCAGAAGCAUGCAGUGGUUUGAGACGGCUGUGCAGCAGAAGCAUGCAGCUGUGUUUAACUGGACUGCUUCACGGCAUGUGCAGCCCUUCAACUGCUGUACAACAGAGGCAGGCAGUUGUUUGGAUGGAUGCAAAGCAAGGGCCUGCUGCCUUUUCUGGGGCUAUAAGCUAAAAAAGAUGAGCCCCUUCAAAUAGCUAUAAGAUAAAAGCAUAAGCCCCUCAAACGGCUAUAAGGAAAUAAACAUAAGGCUCCCUAAGCUGCCGAGAAGUAAGAGGUUCCUUUGAUGUGAAUGGCUGUAAGGUAAAAGCAGACGGCUCUGUGAAUGACUAAAGCCAGAACUGUACAGCCUUUUAAUAUUUCUAUAAGCAAAACAAACCUGGCCUCUGCAGGGCAGGCACCUGAAGUUCUGGCCCUCGCCUCAAACACCAGAAGGCAAUGAAGUAAACCCUUACACAGCAUGGAUAGCAGCUUAUGUCUAGCAUGGGCGCCCAACAAAAGUGUUAGAUGGAUUAACUGAUUAACUGCCUUUCUGUAGACUUUCAGACUCACUUUGGCCAUAAAGCUGACAAAGGGACCCUAUGCAGUGAUGGAUGAGAGAUUGGUUUGCAAGAAGUUAUGGUGUAGGGCUGUGUAUGUCAUAAGCAGAAGAUGAAAAGAGAAAAACAGAGGAUGAAAGGAUAACUAAAAACGGGAGGGGGGAUCCCUGUCCCUAUAUAAGAUGAGUCCGAUAUGUGCUCGCUCUCUUCUUCCUGCUGCUUCUUUCCUGUCUGUCUCUUCUGUGUUUGUGCUUUAAGGCUCUACACUCCAGUUUGCUUCGCUUUUUCGUUUGCUUGUUUUUUAUGUGUUAUUUCCACUUUUAAAUGUACUGUUCUGCUGUUUAUAUGACAAUGUUUAAUAAACUCUGUUCUAAGAAUUCUACUCUUUUCCAGAGAAUCAUUUUGAGUGAUUUGAUUUUAAUUGGAUCUGAAAAGCUGGACUUUCACAGUGUUAGCGGGAUAAGGUUAUAUUGGCUUCAAAAUUUGCAAAACGACAGUAGCUUAACCCACAAAAUGGAAAAUGAAAACCUGCUGAUUCAUUUAUGAAGUUCAUGUUAUGAAGGCUUUGUGUGUUACUUUCUCAGAUGAACAAAAUUAUUUAUCAGUGAUGCACAUUGCUUAUGUCCUUAAUACUGUACUGUAUUGCUAGAACAUGAAGAAAACUGUGACCUUCCUGAUCUUAUUAAAUGACAAUUAAAAUUAUUUAUCAGUG